CAUGUGCAGCCCUCCGCUCGCCUUGACUACGUUGCAGCCUCAUCUCACCUGGGUCCAGCAAAGCGGAAGUGUCACCCGGCAGCCCUUGUCUCCUGAGCUGUCAUCCUCGGUGACAUCCUCCGACCCGGAUCCUCCUCCGUCACCUACCUCCCUGAUCGGGGUCCCAGAGCUGAGCAUCGCUCCUCCCGUCCGGCGGCUCCAUCACUGUCUAUCUUGGAAGAUGACGUUACCCUGAACAUAAUGGCUACUCUGUAGAUUACAUUUUCUCCUCGUUGUUUGACGAGCACAAAAAUAAACAUGUCAAACUUUAAAAGGCUGGUUCUAGGCCAGCGAUUCAUGCACUGGAAGCUCGGUGCCAUCACCCUCAUUUUUAUGGCUUUUGUGUUCUUAAUACAAAGAGAAGUAGUUGAUCGAGAAAUGGACGAACUUGCAGCACGUGAUGGCUCCCCUGUGAGGAAAAAAAAGAUGUUGGACAUGGUAAUGGAUGCUGUAAAUAACAUUAAAGACUCAAUGCCAAAAAUGCAGAUCAAGGCGCCUGAAAAGCAGCUUAAAGACGGAAAAAGGCGGUGUUUACCUGGAUAUUACACAGCAGCAGAACUUAAGCCUUUACUUGAGCGUCCAUCUCAGGAUCCGAAUGCACCAGGAGAUGCUGGAAAGCCAUUUAAAAUGGACAAACUUACCCCUAAGGAGGAGGAAGAGAGGGAACAAGGAGAAAAGAAACAUUGUUUCAAUGCCUUUGCUAGUGACAGAAUUUCAUUACAUCGGGACCUGGGACCAGACACAAGGCCUCCUGAGUGUAUUGAACAGAAGUUUAAGCGAUGUCCUCCUAUGCCGACGACUAGCAUCAUAAUUGUGUUCCACAAUGAGGCCUGGUCUACGCUUCUUCGCACUGUAUACAGUGUUAUAUACACGUCACCAGCCAUUCUUCUCAAAGAAAUUAUUAUGGUUGAUGAUGCCAGCACAGAUGAUUAUUUGAAGGAUAAGCUGGACGACUAUGUGAAACCUCUGCAGAUUGUCAAAGUGGUCAGACAAAAAGAAAGAAAGGGGCUUAUUUCAGCCAGACUGUUGGGCGCCGCUGUAGCAACAGGGGACACAUUGACCUUUUUGGAUGCACAUUGUGAGUGCUACCAUGGUUGGCUGGAGCCAUUACUGUCAAGAAUUGCUGAGAAUUACACUGCGGUGGUGAGCCCAGAUAUCUCCACUAUAGAUCUCAAUACAUUUGAGUUUCUCAAACCUUCCCCAUAUGGAAAUAACCGCAAUCGGGGGAACUUUGACUGGGGUCUGUCAUUUGGAUGGGAAAGUGUGCCCAGUUCCGAAAACAAGAAGAGGAAAGAUGAGACCUAUCCAAUAAAGACUCCAACAUUUGCUGGGGGGCUUUUUUCAAUCUCUAAGGAAUAUUUUGAGCAUAUUGGAAGUUACGAUGAAGAUAUGGAAAUCUGGGGAGGCGAGAACAUCGAAAUGUCCUUUAGAGUGUGGCAGUGUGGUGGACAGUUGGAGAUCUUACCCUGUGCAGUUGUGGGCCACGUAUUCCGUAGCAAGAGUCCUCAUACCUUUCCUAAAGGAACACAGGUGAUCAUUCGGAACCAGGUCCGUCUGGCUGAAGUCUGGAUGGACGAUUACAAAGAAAUAUAUUACCGGAGAAAUCGUGAGGCAGCAUUAAUGGUACAGCAGAAAUCAUUUGGUAGUAUUUCCAAGAGAGUCGAAUUACGGCAAAAUCUUCAGUGCAAAAAUUUCACCUGGUAUCUGAAAAAUGUCUAUCCGGAAAUGUAUGUCCCAGACCUGAACCCACUUAUCUUUGGUGAUAUUUUAAAUGUUGGAAGUCAGAGGUGUUUGGAUGUUGGAGGAGAUAAUGGUAAUGGAGACAAACCUCCAAUCUUCUACAGCUGUCAUGGACUUGGGGGAAACCAGUAUUUUGAAUAUACGUCAGGCCAUGAAAUUCGACAUAAUAUCCAGAAAGAGCUGUGUUUACGAGCUACUAAAGGAAUUGUGAUGCUCAAAAAGUGUGGCUAUAAAGGAAAAGGCACGGUAGUGCUACUGGAGGAGAAGUGGGAGCUUCGACAGGAGCAACAGUUCUUCAAUGCUGCGUACAACAUGUGCCUUACAGGAAACGGGUUGAACCCAAGCCUUGCACCCUGUAACCCCGCAGACACUUUCCAAAAAUGGGUGUUCCGUCAUAAUGAAUAAAUGAGACGAAGACGUCUGUUUUAACUUAACACUGUGAUGAGAGUACACUGUAACAUUUUAUGCAAAUGCAGCUGACGUUGAUUAUGGUGUAGACUUUAAAAACAAAUGGAACACUUUGCUGUGAGGAAAGAACACUCUGGACCUUGUGUCAGCUACAUAUGCCAAAGAAUGUUUUUAUUCUGUUUAUUUUCCUGUGUGUUUACAUGUUAAUUAUUAGGUCAGGGAUUGCCAGGGGGCGUUUUGAUGGUUUACAAUGAGUACCGAUUUUUCGAUGAUGUACUCUGAGGGCUAAUCACAAUUAUGUGUUUUGUUUUCAGCACUUGUGUUACGGAAAAGUACUUGUCUUUACUACAGUGUGACUAUUUUUAAAUAAUUUUUAAAGUAAACGUCUCCUUAAAUAAUCUGUGGACAGGCAGGGUAUUUAUAACAAAAGUGGCCCUAGGGGUCUCUUCUGCCAUAAACUCUCCUCGUGACUGUCAGCUGGUAAUUUAAUUCUGAGCCGCACAUGCGCAGUUUAGAUCACAUUUACGGUCUGCUCCAUGUGCUGCGGUGAUGUGACUGCCGUGCACAUGUGCAGGAGUGACCUUACCUUGGAGCGGCCAGAGAUACCAAACCCGCAAGGAAGACCAGGCGACAGUGGAACCCACCAGGGUCUAGGGAGGGCUCCUUUUGUGGGCACGUCUGACAUAAUGUACUAGAAUGCAAGUGCAUUAUGACUUAAAGCUGCAGGGGGGGGGCAUUUUUUUUAAUUUUUUAAGACUUUACUACCACUUUAUGGGGGCCAGUUCACAUCACAUGCAAUCCAGCGGGUUCUUUUUCUGCAUCAAAAAAGCAUGGACAGUAGGUUGCAUGAAUUUCAAUGGCAAAGUUCGCACCAUUUCAGUACUGUCACUAAAAGUAGAACAUGUUGAAUUUUUCUGCAAGGAACUGCACUGGGUGUGGACAAGCACAUCAGAAAUGCACCGGAAUGCAUUACAGCAAAAAAAAAA